GUGCAUCAAAAUCCUCGUUUCAAAUGGCACAUCUCGCUUUUGCGUCCCGCGCUUUCUCUUGCCCCCUCCCUGCUCUGGUGACCCACUUCCCGCGCACCCUGUUAUUGUUCCUUCCCGCUCUUUCAUCACCUCCUUGCGCUUCCCUCCUUCCCUCCCUCCCUCCCUCCCCCUAGAGCUGUCGACCUCCAUGGGUACUUUUACCGAUCUCGUCGCAGGUCCCUCUGCGUCUGGAGAAGUGAGGUUGAAUUUGCAGACGACAUUGAGCACUGAACCCCUCCUACUUUAUCGUUCGAGAUUUUGCUUCACUUGGAGCGAUUGCUGGCUCGAAAGAACACUGCAUUUUCAUCCAAGUCCUCAUUUUAUUCGACGUCGCGGACGCGUUUCGUGAGACUCUGAUCGAUUGAGAAUGUUCACCGCACUGGAUCUCCGAUAGUUAUCUGAGAGUUGAGUUCGGAUGCUGGAUUUGUCGAGGAGCUGGAGCCUUUGUAUCUCUUGUAUGGGUAGCUGAAUUCGCAAACUCCAGGCUUGAGUACUCUUUGUCCGUAAGUUGACGGCACAGUGAUUUGCGGGCCAUCGAAGUUUUCGUCUAUCAUCAGACUGACGCUUGAAAGGGAUCUUGCAAAGUACCUGAGGGCUUCUGAUAUACCGGCGAGUUGGUGUCUGACGCGAUUUCGACAGGUCGAUGAUGUCGCUAUCCGACGCUGGACCCCGCUCUCUAUUGUAGCCCUCUGACGGUCAGGCGUUCCGGAUGACUGUACAGUCCAGCAAGAUCGUCUCUCAAGUUUAGGAUUUCUUGGACUUGCGAGCAAAAGCCCACACAUUCGACCAUGGAUAUGAAGCAGUUGCAAGUUAAGCUUGGUCUUCCUGAGAAUCUGAAAUUGACGAGAAAAGCUGAGGAAUUGCAGAGACUUAGUCGAGUCCAUUUCAACUCAUCUGCAUUCGGAGUGGGCGAGGUCUGCAAAGCUGUUCUCUGCUUCGAGCUGGCAUGCAUAUCGUUACAAGUCGCCUUUGAUCGUCAAAAAGCUAUUCGAUGUUGUGGUUUGUCCGAGAAGGCAUACACUAGGUCUUCAAUUGCCAUGCAGAAUGCCCUGAACCUUCGGAAGAAGCUUGACGUCCGGGAGCUGGCGAUUCAAUUUGGCUGCGUUAGGCUGAUCAAAUCAGCACAAGAUGUUUUGGUUCUCUACCAGUCAAGAUUCGUGGCUGCUUUACCUGCAGCACGUCGAUCCAGCGCCGACUUUAAUCGCCCCAUUUUCACCGCCGUGGCAUUUUACCUUUGUGCCAGGAAGAACAAGCUGAAGGUCGACAAGGCGAAACUGAUUGACCUCUGCGGAACUUCCGACUCAGAAUUCAGCAAUGUUUCGGCUUCCAUGCUGGACCUCUGCUUCGAUACUCUUGGUACUCAAAAAGAGAAGAAAAGUACAAAACAAUCUAAAGCGAGUAAAGGUCUGCUGGAUGCUACAUCAGGCAAAAGGAAGAGUCCUGGAGAUGAGUCGGAGUCUGAAGGCGAGGAGAUGGACAAAGAAAACAUCGAUGUGGUUCCUGGUCUGAAAAGAUCGAAGAAAAGUGUCCAGGAUGCUGCUUAUGAAGAGUGGAAAGCCGCUCUUCUAACUGCCCGAGCGGCUGUAAAGCGCUCUGUUUCAGGAAUAGAGCCUCUGAAGCCAAAGACUGCGGGUUUGCAGACCUCAAUUUGUAAAUAUGUCAGCGUCGCAUCCCAAGAGUAAAAAUACAUGCACUUCUCAGUUCGAAGUGUCAUCAUUUAGAUAGAUAGGAAUAUGUGAAAUCAGAGUAUAGGUCGUGACAGUACUGUAUGUGCUUGAACCUACCGUCUUGCGGGAGAGAAGCUAGUCUUCUGAUUUUUAGAAUGGCUGAAGCCAGGAAGAUUGAGAAGCAGGUCCGCUAUUGCCGCAAGUUGUGGACUUACCAAAAGUAAAUGCUUCAAUAUAGCUUAAAUAUUGUACUCGUGAAUCAUGUUCCUAAAGCGGCACACAACUCAAUUAUAGGUUAGAACCUCUGUACUUACGGAGACAUUAACAUCCUGGGUAAUUUCCCGGUAGAAUAUUGUCAAAGGAAAGAACCUUUCCUUCAAAUUUAUAAUCACUUGCGCAAAUUAGCGCUGUUUUAUAUAGUCACUCUUCACC